AUGCCCGCUUGUCUCGGGUCACUCACUUGGCUUCGCGCCAACUCUGAAAUGGUGUGCACACCUUUCGGCUCCAACACCAUACCAACUUCGUCGCGUACCGUCAUUUGUUUGGUUUUAGCUCGCAACAAAGACCGCUUUGUUUUCAUGCACCUGCCAGCUUACUUUUCCAUCUCUUCACUCUCCGCGCGACCUGCUCCGGCCACUCACAACCUUAACGAACGACGCCAGCAUCCGCCUCUCCCUCUGACGCCGCACCGUCGCGGCCAUAAUAGCCAAGCCCCUCUGCCACCUUCAACCCCGACUCUGCAACGUAGCUCGUCAACUUCCGAGACUGAUACAUCCAACCACGCUCAAAAUCGCCGCCAUAGCGUCUCGCCUCUUCAUCGCACCCUCGUCGCCUCUGCCUCGUCCACGUUUCCGACUCAACGACACAGUCUCCAUCUAUAUCCACCCACCGCUGCCCUGCAUCCCGUCCUUGCCGCCGCCGCGUUUCCUCACCGGCCUCGCGGUAGCCAUGACCACUUGGUAACGCCACGCCUCAACAACAGCACUGCCUCUGCGCGCCUCACCAUGCCGCCUGGAGACAGAUCAAGGCAGCCGCCCUCUGUCGUCCGAGCCGCCGCGAACCGUGUGACCCCUCUUACCCCCAAAGUCGCUUCCAAAGGUAUUCCUGCGUUCGGUGCGCUGGCCAGGAGACCUCAAGGCACUGCUACCACCGUUGCGCACGACUUUUCCUCUCCCGUCUCUGCCUUUCUCGCUACAAAUGUGACCCCUCGCACCGGCCAUAGGCAGACCCGUGUCGAAAGCACAAACAGCACUCCCACAACCACACCGAAUCCGGAUAACCGCGCCGAUGAAUGGGAUCGUGACAGUCCGCGCCCUGGCAGUAUUGGCCUUGCCUCGCCUCCAGAUGCUGGCUUGAAGUCAUUGCAGCCAUCUGACAUGUCGGCCGACUCCAACGAUGCCAACAAAUUCUUUUAUGCUAGCGAUGCAAAGAGUAUACAGACCCCUGGCCAGCAGCGUCAACCACCGUCCACCGUGCAAAAGGGUCCUACCUUCUUCUUCGCCAAUGCCGCUCCAAACAACAGCGUCGAUCGCUCAGCGACUGGCACGCCACCAUCCGCCCCUCUGCUAUCACCUAGCCUUAAUACUCAAGAUGCUUUAUCAACCAAAUUCUUCUACGCCAAUGGGACACCUGAAAUGGAGCCCAAAUCAACCUUUCCUACCUCCAAUCCCAACUCGACCUUGUCAUCAGGCCCUCGUUUACCGCCUGGGGGACGUCCUCCCCUGGGUUCCUCUGCCACCGUUGUUGGUGGGCUUCAGCGUCCUGCAUCGCCUCUGAAGAACAAUCCAACGUCUACAUCAGCUCUGAAUCCUAUUAUGAGAACAGCAAUACCGCCCGCGUCACUAAACAGGUCCCAAACAAGCCCACCUUCCACCAUCUCCCACAAUGCCGAAGUCCAGCGUGGAAUGAGACGAGUUAGCAUCGACGCGCCGCCCAAAUCUCGCCGACGCCAGUCUCGAACCAACAAUAGCCCCGGCCCAGAGCUGCAGUUGGCCCCGAGUAUAACCAUAUCGCCCAAUCUUCCCGACAGCGCGUCCCCACCGGCCAGCCCUGGAAUAUCGCAGACAACUAUGACUAUGGCUUCGCUUUUGCAGGCAGCAGAGGAGUUACAGGGCUCUGAUGGAGAAGGUGACAUACUUUUAGAACCGCAAAGUCCGAGCAAGUCUCACUUUUCGGAUGGUGUGAGCGAACUCGUCGCCAACGCUCGCCGAGAACGCAAAGUCCAGGAUCUCGAAAUCACUAAUGCAUCGCUCGAGGCCAUCAACAGAACACUGGAAAGACAACUUCGCAAACAGACUGCUGAAUUACGCCGCUACCGCCGUCUUUCUCGCUCCGGUCGACUGUCUCUCACGUCUGCGCCAAAUAGUCGUGUGGUGUCAGAAGCCCUCACUGACCCGCCAGUGGAUCUAUCUGAUCUUAGUGAAAUCGACGAGACCGAGGAGGAAGAGGGGGAAUUUGAAGACUCCAUUGAAGAGUCUGACGCUUCCAUGACUGAUACGGCAUCCAUGUCUGCCAUUUCCGUCGGUGUGAUGCGUCGAAAGCGUGAUGAGAAACGUCUGCAGCUUGACCUCGAAAAGCACCAGGAGCUGCUGAUUGAUAGCCAAAAGAUGAACCAAAGUAUUAAGCGCUGUCUAAGCUGGACCGAAACCUUGAUCAGAGAAGGGCAAAAGGCCCUGGAGUAUCACGUUCGCGUUUCUGAUGUUGAAUUUGGAGGCCGCGUGCUCGCCCCAGUCGACGAAGACGACUACGAUCUAUCCUUCCAAGGUGUUGAUGGCCAUGACAUGACUGCCAAACGGCUGACGCCUUCGUCACCACCCAAAGCUCAACCAGAUCGCGACAGUGGGAUCCAGCUGCCGCCAGGCGAAGACGGCUCAUAA